AGCCGGGUGAGGCAGGAGGAGCCCAGUGCCUGCCUGGCCCCGGAGGGGUGAUACCACCCCCGGACGAGACCAUUCUGAGAGGGGCGACGCCCGGCCGGCGCUGUGGAGUGCGCCGGUCUCCAUGGGAACGUUGACAGCAGGCGCCGGGCCUGAGGAGAGCGGAGCGGAAAGAGCAGCCGGGCGGCGAGGAGAGGGUGGGGGGAGGCUACGUCCACCAGCGGGCUUGGGGGAGGAGCUGGUUGGCAGUUGUAAAUUUGAGGGCCAUGUGCAGAAAUGGCUGGUGACCGCGAGGAGGCUUUGGGCAGCGAUAUCUGCCCCAUCCCCAUUCCCCUGUGAGGGCAAGUUAGUAGAGCAUAGUCCAGGCAAAGGCACACAGAGCCAUAGUCCACCCCCGCUGUCAGAGACCGUGAACACAAGCCCCGGUGUCAGAGUCAAGUCCUGAGGAGACCCCCCCCCCAAACCCAUGAUGCCAUAGUGAAGGCACAUUUGCAUGCUAAGGGUACAAGGCACAUACAGCGCCUGACCUCAUAGAGACUGAAGCACAUUAAACAUGGUCACUGACCCUUGUUCAACUUCAGUGGCAUUUCCUCAGCUACUUUACUGAGAAGCUGUAGGCUGCCCAUGUAAUCCUAGCCUGAAAACGACUUUUGUAUCAGGACCUUUGAGGAUGAAUAAUACCAGUUUGCCUUCGCUGGGGAACCUACCACAGUGGUCAAGAGUAGGACGACUGGAUAAAUCAAGCCAUCUUCAACUUGGCGUCGAGAAUGACCAGGGACCUCAGCCUCACUCUCAGUCCCAAUCUGUUGAAGUCUGGAAAAAAGACCCACAUAAACUAGUCAUGGAUUUGGAGAGAAGCCUGAAGUUCCUGCAGCAGCAGCAUGCUGAGACCCUAAUGAAGCUUCAUGAGGAAAUUGAGUAUCUCAAAAGGGAAAACAAAGAGCUUCAUUAUAAACUCAUAAUGAAUCAGUCGCUGCAGGUAAAAGGUGAUAAUUUAACUCCCACCUUGUCUGACAAGUUCCUUUCAAGGCAAGGUUCAGCAGCUGCUGCAGGCUCUAGGUAUUCACUGACAAACAGGCAGCAGAUGGACCAGCCCAAAAAGCAAAAACUGAAUACAGAAGAACAGGUGGUCAAAGUGGUACAAGGGGAACCAGAGCCUCCCCCUCCAAAGGUGGAGAAGCCACAAGAGGAGGUUCUUUCUAGAGAGGACAGAGAAGUCUCUGAUAAAAUUACAUCUCCAGUACUUUCACUGCCAUGCCAGAUUAAAUCUGGGCAAGCUCAGGUACCACCAGCCUCCUCCAACCCUUUCCUGGUGAGUGUCCUCCCCUCCCACAUCCGGAAACCACCUACAUUGGAAGAGUGUGAGAUUGUCAUUCACCAGCUAUGGAACAUCAACCACAUGCAGGCACAAGAGCUGAUGUAUUUGAAAUCGUAUCUGGAGGACAUCCACAAGAACAAAAGGAUUCCUGAAGACUAUCUGCUAGCCAGCCAGAUUGGGAAUCAAGAAGUUUCACGAUUACCCAAAAUGCUAAAAGGUACAUCUAAGAAAUGUUUGAUUUUAACUCCACUGCCAGCUGCUGAAAGGGCAGUUCUGCCAGCACUGAAGCAAACACUGGGAAACAGUUUUGCUGAGAGACAGAAGAGAACCCAAGCUAUUCAAAGAAGCCGUCUUCGUCGCACUGUGCUUUAAUCUGGUUGUUCAGCAACUGCAUUCCAGAUUUCUCCUUAAGUGUUCCAGUGGCUACAGCACUCCCCGUAUAUGUUUGAGUUUACAUUGUAGUUUCAACAUAGGUUGGUUUGCUGCUAUUAUCUCCCCACUUCAAGUAAAAAUUAAUGAUGAAAUCACUGUCUUCUAUUCAAGAACAAAGAGUUUAUGCUUCUAUUGUUGCAGCUUUGCUUCAUUCCUUCAAUGAUUUCCAUGGGUACCACUCCCCUUAUUCCUUCAGGAUGUUUAUUUUGUGAGUUAACGUAAUGAUGAAAGCCUGUAAGAGAUUACGGUUUAGGAAAUUGGAUGCUUAUCACUUUUAAGCAUGUCAAUGCUGUAUCCCACAAACUUGUUUAGUUUGUCAGAGAUUAUUUUAAAGCAGCAUACAUUUAUUUUUAUGCAGGUAUGGGCUGCACAGUUUUACAGAUAACACUAGAUUACUGCUAAUCCAUCAGUGGAAAGGCUGGAAGCCACAUGCUACAUCAUGUUACCUGGCAGGACAAGAUUUCACAGCUCUGCAGAGAUGUUAGAUGGGAACUGAGCUGAAUUUACAGUAGUCUUAUCAGAAUUUUUUUUUUUGAUGCGGGUAUAGGACUGAUCAGCAGCAAAGGGGCAGUUGAAACUAUGGGGGGAGUCAUAUUACUCUGCUCUAGCUGCACACUUUUUACUCAGAAUCUAUAACAUUCCAUUGUUUCAUCUUUGCUAUGGGCUAGUUUCCAUUCAACUCAUGGCAACAUAGUGGGUUGACUGCUCUGAAAACAAAUAUUGUGUGUACAGUAAGUAUGCAAGAUUUCCCUAUACCAGGCUGCUGAUAUGCAUCACAACCUUAUCCCCAGUGGAGCAGACCUACGAUUGUCAACAUCACAGUGAUAGGCUCCUUAAAAAUAUCUAAAAAGGAGUGUGUGUGUGUUCAUUCUUGUCUUCUCACCUGACUGUGCAACAGGGAAACAAACAGAUGUUGGCUUUUAUGAUAUGAACAUCUGUCCACUAACCCAUUUUACAAAAGCACCUGGACACCCAUCUCAUGGUAUUAAGUUAGUAAUGAUCUUGGCUAGAUCUAAAUUAAAAAUCUUUCACCUCUA